UCAAUGGUCAAAAAUAACAAAAGUGGGCUGUCAGUAAAAAGGGUGAUUUCUAAUACAAACUCUUCAGCAAAACUGCCAACGUAUUAAUGAAACACAACCUCCUGUCGGUGGAGGACGAUCUCAAAAUGAAUCCAUUUGUUAUCUGACUCCUGUGACUUGGCGCAAAUCCUACAUCUUGUGGUGAUAAUGAUCAACCAAAGGGAAACGAGAUCAACCUGUCCACACAGGACUGAGAAUUGCGAUGAGGAGCAUCAGUUAGCCACUCCGACUCCACCUCCUCCUCCUGGCCUACCCCUGCCACCUCCUGGACUGCCCCUGCCUCUUCCUGAACAACCCCCUACUCCUCUUCCUAGCCUACCCCUGCCUCCCGUUCCUGAACAACCCACGCCUCAUCCUUGCCUACCCUCCCCACGUUCCCAACCCUCUGUUACCGGCAGAGUACCUUCAACUGAUGUGAAGUCACACUAUGCAGACAUCCAGAGGAGGGAAGUUCAUACAGGGAUUCACAAGUUACUAAAAUGGGGAGUGUGCAAACUAGAUGAUAAUGAGUCUAUUUGGUUGGCCAGCAAUCGUCACACGGUGCCCAUCUUACAACAAGGCCCAGAAUGUGGUAUAGCAGCAUUGUGUAUUGCACUCAACAUGCUGGAACCUAGUUCAUGUACAAAAGUCAAUAAAAGUCACAUCUCAACCACAGCAAAGGAGAAAGGGUUUACGUUACAGGGAGAAAUGUUUUCAGCUACCAAUAUGCUGGAGUUGGCCCGUCAUGUCGCCAAAGUCAGUGGAAAGGUCGUCAGUGGGACUAUGGUGGAAAAUCACCAUGGCAUCAUCGGACACUUAGCCAAUGGCUGGCCAGUCCUAGUACCUUACGACAAAGACGGUAAUUGUGAACCAUGUUGCAAGAGGGGACACAAGGCUCACUGGGCUGUUUUAACAGGGUUUGUUCUUCAAGCUAACCAACACAGCAUGUCCGAUCUACAUUCAACAUCUUGGCAACAUGACUCGGAUAAACCAAACCUCUACCACAUGGCCACCCCGAACGGCCCGACAACCAGCAGUCAAGCUAUCCGCUCAGUCCUCGAUAACAUUUCUAUCUCCAAUAUCUAUGUGCUCGCCAGGCAGGGCAAGAGCACCCACGUCCACCCGUGGGAGUAUUCCGCUCUGUCAGACAGCAAUGCCAACCUGGUUGAACUCGGUAGUAACAUUACGGACGAGAUUGGCUCGUUUGUGAUCCCAGAGGGCGGUAUACAGGCAGGGUUGUGCAAUCAAGUCGUUCUAAUAAGACCAUGAUGGGAUGGAGGAAGGAAACUUGCCAAAGACUGCAGAUACUUUCAAAUCAAAGUUUACUAAACAUCAAAGAGAUACGUUUUAGGGGACAGAAGAAAUGGAAACUUUGUGGACGAGAUCGACUCGUUUGUGAUCCCAGAGGGCGGUAUACAAGCAGGGUUGUGCAAUCAAGUCGUUCUAAUAAGACCAUGAUGGGAUGGAGUUAGGAAACUUGCCAAAGACUGCAGAUACUUUCAAAGAAUCAAAGUUUACUAAAAUGUAAAAGAGAAACAUUUAGUGGACAGAAGAAACAGUAACAUUACAGACAAGAUUGGGUUGUUUGGUAAACCCAGAGGGCGGGCAAUAUACAGGCAGGAUUGUGCAUUCAGGUCGUUCUAAUAGGUACUUGCUGGGAUAGAAAAGGGAAACGUCUUGUAUUGCCAAAGACUUGGGAUACUUUCAAAGAAUUAAGAUUUACUGAACAUUAAUGAGAUGCAUUUUAGGGCAACAGAAAAAACAGUACUGCUUUUAUUUUUCUCUAUAAGUUAUUACAACUCCAACAGCAUAAUUGGACAUCAUUGUUUAGUGGUACGACAUCUGCUCUUGCAUGACGUGGGUUUGAAUCCUCAUGAGUGAUACGCAUAUCGUUUUUCUCGUUAUACCCGGGGGGAGAGUAGGCCCCCUACUGGGCACACAGUGUUUAAUACACAUCACUCUAAAAGGUAAAACCACAUAAUUUUACAUGUAUCCUGAAGACGAUCAGAGCAUACUGAUCGAAACGUCGAGUCGUUAACCACCGGUUCGUUUCAGAACCACCAUGAC